AUGCAAGAGCCAUUUAAAGUGAGUAUUAGAGUGAAACCAUAUGAGGGAAGAUCAAGAUUUCUCACUUAGAGAAUAGGAAAAGAAACUAUUAUACAAGUAGAAUGUCCAACUUAGACAAUACGAGAUCCUGAUACUUAUGAAUAAAGAUCAUUUGCAUUUGAUAAUGUGUUCAAUGAUGGAGAGAGCACACAAGAUAUUUACGAUUAAUCAAUAUCAUAAAUGAUUUAUGAUUGUGUUUCUUAAGGAUAUAAUGGAACAAUUUUGGCGUAUGGUUAAACAGGUUCAGGAAAGAGUUACACAAUGUUUGGCAACUUAUACGAUCCUUUGGUAGAAAAUGAUGGAUUGGUUUCGAUGGUUUUAGAAUAAUUAUUCCAAAUGAACGUUAAAAUUAGUAUUUCAUAUUUGGAAAUUUACAAUGAACAAAUACGAGAUUUAAUUGGAGAUUAGGUUGGAUUGCAGUUGAAUGAAGACCCUAUUAAGGGAGUCAUGUUAUAAGAUGUGCAGGAAUUGUAAAUUAUGACUAUAGAUCAUGCAAAAUCAAUAAUAAUUAAUGGCAAUUAAAAAAGAGUAAUGGCUGCAACUAAUGCUAACCAAUUCUCUUCUCGAUCCCAUGCAAUUAUAUAAUUAUUUGUUGUAAACUAACAAUACCAAUGCAAAUUAUCCUUAGUGGAUUUGGCAGGAAGUGAAAAAGCCAAUGUAAAUGAAGGUAGUAAAGGAAUUAGACAAAUGGAAGGGGCUAAUAUCAAUAAAAGUCUAUUGGCCCUAGGAAAUUGCAUCAAUAUGUUGGCUUGUGAUUAAUCAAUGAAGAAGUUUGUGCCUUACAGGGAUUCAAAAUUAACUAGACUUUUAAAAGACUCUUUGGGAGGCAACACUAAAACUCUUAUGAUAGGGUGCGUAAAACAAAUAGUUUAAUGUCAUGAGGAGAGUAUUAAUACUCUAAAAUAUGCAUCCAGAGCCAGAGCUAUAAAAAAAAAGAUUGUCUAAAAUAUCAAAAUUAAUGAUGUCACUAAUUGUAGUUGUAAUUGCAAUUCAGAAAAUGUAAGCCUAUUGCAAGCUGAGAUUGAAGCAUUAAAAUAAGAAGUAUCAUUCUAGUGUUAAUUGACAGAAGAAGAGAUUGAAAUAAGAUUGAAUUUAAAGCAAAUCGAUUAAUUGCAAUUCUAAAACAGAGAAGGCUUAGAAUAUUUGUUACAAUAAAUGAAUUCUGAGAUGAUAGAUGAAGAUCGAUUGAAGAAUGAAAUAAUGUAAUAUGAAAGAGCGAUUAAUGAAAAUGAGAGAAUCCGAUAAGAGUUGACUUCUCAAUUGUAAUCUAAGAAGAAAGAAAGAACUGAUCCAAGAGACAUUCAAAUUGAGAUGCUUAAAAAAGAAAUUACUUUUCUCAGAGAUCAGAUUAAAUAAAAGGAUUUAGUUAUUGAUUCCUUGAAAAUGGAUAAGGAUAAUAGUAAAUAAUCCAGACCACACACUAGUUAUUAAGAAACCGAUAGACCAAAGAUGAAUAAAGAGAACUCUAUCGAAAUUGAUGUCAGAAAGGACAGUCUGUAAUAUUGUGGCUCAUCUAAAUCUAUUAAGUAGCCUACAAAUAGGGAAGAAGAAUAACAUCUAUAGAAAUUGAAUAAAGCCAGAGAUAACUAUAAGAUAUUUAGGGCUAAAAUGAUUCAACUCUAAGAAAAAAUGAAUUAUUACACUAAAAACGACGUUCAAUUAAACCAGAAUCAAUUAAAAGAAAUAAUUGAUAUGAUGAAUGAACUCUCAACUCAGAAUGGUCCUGUUCUCAAAUAAGAUGAAGAAAUGAUAAUCUACUUCCAAAAAUUCAUUAAGUCUUAAACUUAGAAAUCUUAAUAGCAAAUAAAUCAAAGUACUUUGAAUACGCAAAUUACUACACCGCAAUAAAGAUCAAGGAGUGUCAACCCAAAUCCAAUCAGAGGAAAGGGAACUUCUUAGCAUUAGAGAAAGCCUUUGUAACCAACCAAUUAAUCACCGAUGAAUCGAUAAUUAUUCAGUAAUCACACUAAACAAUAUCAGUAAUUAGUUUAAAAAGGAAAGAAGGAAAGUUGUCCCACUCCGUAGAAUAAAUAAAAGUACAUUUUGGAAUACGUAAAGAAAAUGGAAAAUUAAAUACCGAGGGGGAGUAACAAGUCCCCACUACAAUCAUUUAGCUCAGAUAAUUCGGAUAAACCAGAGACGAUAUUAUUAAGCGUAGUUUUAUCUAAAAGGUUCCGUUUCAAUCAAUUUAAUGAUAUUAUCCACAAUUAUUAUUGUCUCAUUACAAAAGCAAAUCCAAGUAGUUCUCCAAAUAUUCAUUUGUUUUUGACAUUUCUAAUAGUUCUUUAUUGUAAAAUUGUCGAAAUAAUUAAAUUUAAAUAUGGAUAAUUCUUAACCCAAAGAAAAUUAAAAAGCCGAGCCUUUGAGACCAUGUUGUGCUUGUCCUGA